AUGAGAACCUUCCCAGCGGUCAUCGUAGCAGUGCUCACAGCCCGCCUGUCACCAGCAGUCGCGCAGUCUUCCUCAAGCUGCGGUCCGGCACCCUCAGGCUCGAUUCAACCUUCCCUAGCAUCGGGAUACCGCAUGCAAGUGGUUGCCACAGGCUUGUCCAAACCCCGUGGCAUCCUCCUCGACAAGGCCGGCAAUCUCCUGGUGGUGGAACAGGGAAGAGGCGUUGUCUCAGCACAUACACUGGAAGAGAAUAAUGGCUGUGUGUCUGUCGGGACAUCCACAGACGUUACUCCUGCGUUGAGUCUGAAUCACGGUAUAGAGAUCUCGCAGGAUGGAACGACUCUCUUUGCUUCCUCAUCCGAGAGUGUCUACUCCUGGAGCUAUGAUCAGUCAGCGAGGACAGUCUCAAACAACGCCACUCUUGUCGGCAACAUGGCAGGCAGCGACCACACAACUCGAACACUGUUGCUGUCAAACAAGGCUCCUGGCUUGCUUGUGGUUACCAGAGGCUCUACCUCCAACAUCGACUUUGAUGCUGCUAGUUUGGCUUCCGGACACUCUCAAAUCAAAGCAUUCAACAUCAGCAAUCUGACCAGCACUCCAUACGAUUUCGAUAGUGACGGCCUGCGGUUAGGGUGGGGCCUGAGAAAUGAUGUCGGUAUUGCGGAGCAUCCAAACAGCGGUGGCCUCUACUCAGUGGAGAACUCUGCUGACCAGAUUACCCGUAUGGGUGUCGACGUCCACGAGGACAACCCCGCCGAGGAACUGAACUUCCUGGGCUAUCUGAAUGGCACCCAAUAUGCUUCUCAAGGGGGCAACUUUGGUUACCCUUGGUGCUUCUCAGCCUGGGGCAUUGACGAUCUUCCAGAAAACGACAAUUUGACCGUGGGAAGUCAGUUUGCUAUAGAUGCCAGCCCCGAAUCCAACAAUGAGAACCGGACAGACGCCUACUGUGCUCAGCAAGUGCCUGCACGCUUGGUUUUCCAGGCUCACAUGGCUCCUCUUGAUAUCAAAUUCAACAACAGCGGUACAGAAGCUUGGGUCACGUUCCACGGCAGCUGGGACAGGACUGACCCUGUGGGAUACAAGAUGUCCGUUGUAGCGUUCAACGCGAAUGGCGAGCCGGUGGAUGGGCCGCAGAGCAAAACAGCAGCCCGUGAUAUCUUCGCCAACCAGGACAACUCGCGAUGUCCCAAUGAUUGCUUCCGUCCAGUCGGCAUGGCCAUCGACAGUCAAGGUCGUAUUUUUGUGUCCUCAGAUGCCUCUGGCGAGAUAUACCUGGUAUCUAGGGCCUCCGGAUCUCCAACUUCGUCAGGGACCCCGUCCUCUGCCUCCAGUUCAGCCCCAGGGUCAACCGCUGCAGGCAGCCACGUCAAGCCUGCAGCUCUGUCAGUUAUUGCUGGACUGUUCUGCGCCAUGGCUCUAAUGCAGUAA